AUGUCAACGACAACGAAUUUAAAAAUUGAAUUUGGUGGUGGUCUCGAGAUUCUCUUCAACAACACACCAGAGUUGAACGUUAGCCUGAGCACGCAAGGAAAGCCAACGGUGAGGGAUCUAAUCAAGCAUCUCGCUGAUGAGCACAUCAACGAACGUAAGGAAUUAUUUAUUGAGGGUGAUACAGUGCGUCCAGGUAUCCUCGUCUUGAUAAAUGACUGCGACUGGGAGCUUCGCGAUGAGCUCGACGGUGAACUUGAACAAGGUGACGUCGUCGUCUUCAUUUCAACUCUUCACGGUGGAUAG